AUGAAGAUAGUUUCCCGGAAGAGUUUGACGGUGAUCAUGGGGGAAGAACCAUGGUAUCCAGAUAUUGCAAAUUACUUGGCUGGCGACUACCUUCCGAAUGGCCUCACUCAUCAACAUAACAAAAAGCUCUUUUUAGAAAUUAAAUAUUAUUUCUGGGAUAAGCCAUAUCUUUUUAGGAGUUGUAUGGAUGGAAUCAUAAGAAGAUGCGUUUUUGGCAAGGAAAUUCGAGACAUAUUAGGGCAUCUCCACAAUGGACCGGCAGGAGGACAUCAUUGGGUACAAUACCAUGCUAAAAAAGUGUUUGAUGCAGGUUUCUAUUGCCCUACUAUCUUCAAGGAUGUUGCUACUCAUGUAAGGGAAUGUGAUGGUUGCCAAAGUACAGAUUUGGAGUGCCUAAGGCGUUCAUUAGCGAUAAAGGGUACCCACUUUGCUAAUGAUCAACUAGAAAAAGUGUUGCAAAAAUAUGGGGUACGCCAUAGAUUUUCAACACCUUACCAUCCACAAACAAAUGGGCAAACCGAAAUUACAAAUAGGGCACUCAAAAGAAAAUUGGAGAAAUCGGUGGGGAAUAAUAGAAAAUUUUGGGCAGACAAAUUGGAUGAUGCACUUUGGGCAUUUAGGACCGCAUUCAAGACACCCACUGGAACCACUCCCUAUAAGCUAGUGUAUAGUAAAAAUUGUCAUUUACCCGUGGAGCUUGAACAUAAGGCCUAUUGGGCAUUGCAAACAUGCAAUUUUGAGCCAAAUGAGUUGCGUGCAAAUAAACUUUUGCAAAUGAAUGCAUUGGAAGAAUUGAGAAAUGAGUCUUACACUAACUCAUUGAUUUAUAAAGACAAGACCAAAAGAUGGAAUGAUGCAAGGUUAAAGGAAAAUGUCCAGGAGAGGCCACAGUUCUGGAAGCAGCCAUAG